CUGGGCCGUGAUGGCUCCUUCUCGCCAGACCUAAAGCCGGGGCUUCCGCCCGCUCCCCCUUCUCGCUGGCGCGCCCCUGGGCGGGCCGUGGGGGCCAGGGGGUGACGGUGGGGAGGCGGUCGAGGGGCCGCGGCGUCCCCAGGUCGGGCGAGCAUCUCCUGCCUCCCUACGGGGAGGCCCGGGAGGCCGGCGCCGGGCCCGAAGCCCGCCGGGAGGGCCGCGCACGCGGGAUGCGGCGCAGGUCGAGCUGAGAAGGGCCGGCGAGCCGGGCGCGAGGCCCCCCGCGGCUUACACGCUUCUAUUCCGGGCUAAGCCAAGGUCACUCUUUUAAUACCGCCCGCCCGCCCGCCCGCCCGCCCGAGCCAGCGAACGAGCCUGGGAGCGAGCGAGCGAGCCGGCGAACGAGCCGGGCGCGCACCUGCGGGCGGACGAGCGGCGGCGGCCCCGAGGUUGGGCGGCUCCCGAGGCCGGCGGGCGGGGGGAUUCGCGGUGGGCGCGCCGCGGCGCCAGUGCGUCACGCCGGCGGAGGGACGGUGGGCUGCGGCCGAGCGGCGACGAGCCGCGCGUGCCGGGGUCGGCGGCGGCGGCGGCGGCGGGCGGCGGGGACCGGCGGCUCAUUCAUUCGCGCUCCGCCUUCGGGCCCCCGCGGCGCGGCUGAGGGGUGGCAAGAUGUCUCAGCAGGUCAAGGCACCUGCUGUCAAACCUGACAGUGUGAACGGUGGGACCUUUGUGGUGGAAGGAGAUGUUCUCUGACCAAGUGAUGUUCACGUGCCAAGUGCCCCUCCCCCGACAAAACUUGUCAAUUAAUCCAGGAUGGCCUUCCCUGUGGAUUUGCUGGAUAACUGCACUCAUGAGGAAUUGGAAAAUUCUGCUGAGGAUUACCUCUCCAACCUAAGGUGUGGGGACCCUGAAAAUCCAGAGUGUUUUUCUAUUCUCAAUAUUACGGUUCCGAUCAGCUUGUCAAAUGUGGGCUUUGUGCCCCUCUAUGGUGGCAACCAGACCCAGAGAGUUCUUGCUCUCUUUGCGCCUGAGGAUUCGCUCACAGCUGUGGCACUUUACCUUGUUGACCAGUGGUGGGCCAUUGAUGAUAUUGUGAAAACAUCUGAACCUUCAAGAGAAGGGCUAAAGCAGGUGAGCACUCUUGGAGAAAGAGUGGUUCUGUAUGUUCUCAACCGAGUUAUUUAUAGAAAACAGGAAAUGGAGAGAAAUGAGAUCCCAUUCCUGUGCCAUAGCAGUACUGACUAUGCUAAGAUUCUGUGGAAGAAAGGAGAGGCUGUUGGGUUUUACUCAGUUAAGCCUACAGGAAGCUUAUGUGCCUCAUUUCUUACUCAGAGUUACCAACUGCCAGUUCUUGAUACAAUGUUUAUAAGAAAGAAAUACAGAGGAAAAGAUUUGGGGCUUCAUAUGCUGGAGGACUUUGUUGACUCCUUUACAGAAGAAGCACUUGGCUUGCGGUAUCCGCUCUCUUCUCUCAUGUACACAGCUUCCAAGCAAUACUUUGAAAAGUAUCCGGGAGAUCAUGAACUACUUUGGGAAGUUGAAGGGGUGGGUCAUUGGCAUCAGCGGACACCAGUCACCAGAGCAUUACAGAGAGAAGCAGUUAAAGUUACAGAGAUUUCUCAGUAUGAAGCUAGAAGACCUGUGUCUGGGGAAUAUGGUCUUGCUACUGGACUAGAAUAUGAGCCUGGAGUAGAAGAGAGCCCAUCUAGUGAGAUGCAGAUCCAUUCCCUAAAAGAUGCCUUUGCUAGCACUUCUGAAGGGCCAGAAAAGACGCCUGGUUCCACUCGUCCUCGAAGCAGUCACCUGAAGCGACCAAAGAUCGGAAGGCGGUUUCAGGAUUCGGAAUUGAGUGGUUCUCAGGGGGAAGAGGAAAACAGUGGCCAGACUUCUCCAUCGGCUUCAGCAGACAAAACAGAAUGUACUGCACGCACAUUAGAGAGCUCAGAAGAACACCUGCAAGAAGAACUGGAGCAGAGAGUGGUUGAACUUGAAGAUGAAAGUAGUGAUAAAGAUGCCCAGUCUGCAAUGGAAACUCAGCCACGCCUGGAGAAACAAGAUGGUGGCAAAGACUCUGCAGUAGAGCCUGUGAAUGGGGAGGUAGUGGAUGAUGCCCUUAAGACCUCAUUUGUAACUGAAGAGGAGGACUCUACCAGUGAAGGUCUAGAAGAAGAGUUAAAAGUUCCAUCUUUGAAUCCCAGUGAAGAGACUGUGAACAUUGUUCCACUGGUAGUAGACUCUCCAAAAGCUCCUGAGGCUGCCCCAGACAAGACCUCACCUGUUUCUGACUCAGAAAUAUUAGCAGAUCAAGGCUCAUCUGAUGAUAACGGACAUACUGAAGAAAAGCUGUCCCUCGUUUCAAAAAAGCAAACACAUUUGGGGAGCUCAGACAAUGUGGGCACUCUGCCAAAUGAAGAGAAGUCUGACAGGGGUUUUCCAAAUUCUGCAGUAGCAGACUUUGAAGAGCCCGUCCCUGAGAAUUUAUCACCCAAGACUACAUCCUCACUGGAGGAGCAGGGUGAGGAGGGGGGCCCGGAGGCCCAGGAAACAUCUGCUGCUCAGAGUUCUCUGAUAGAGGUAGAACUGGAAGGUGUGCCAUUUCCUCAGAAUGCAGGACAGAAGAACCAGUCAGAGGAGCAAUCCGAAGCAUCUUCUGAGCAACUGGACCAGUUUACACAAUCAACCGAGAAAGCUGUGGAUAGCAGCUCGGAGGAGGUAGAAGUGGAGGUCCCUGUAGUGGACAGGCGGAAUUUGAGAAGAAAGGCCAAAGGGCACAAAGGACCUGCCAAGAAGAAAGCCAAGCUGUCCUGAACGAGGAAGACAUGCGUAGGAUACAUCUCUUCUUUGUAAUGUAGUUGUUGUUUUUACCAUGGUAAUUAAUAAACAGCGUGGGGCAUAGGACAAAUUCCAAAAUUUCAGUUUGAACUUAUUUAAAAAUGCAGGUUUCUCUCUUCUCUUUAGGAUUCACCAUUCUU